AGCAGUCAGCACACUUCCGCAGUGUUUCAACUGGCCGACUUUGUCGCUAAAUCGGGUGACAUAUCUAGCGACUAUUUAUGUCGUCAUUGAAGAUAUUUCUUUUAUUUUGGGACUUAAACGUGAAAACACUUAUUGUUCUACAGUUGGAGUAGCGAUGGAUGUUGCUGAGAGAUCCGCCUCGCCCCAAAGCAGCCUCACUGAAGCCGUAGGGACACAAUCGGCUUCUGCAACACACACAGUCACUGCAGCACAUUCACUGUUGCCAUGUCCUCAAUAAGAAGACGCCAUUGGCUAAUUUACCUAUGGUGUUGUAAGAGAUGACGUAGGAAAAAGCAUAACCUCGUAGGAGAGACAAAAAAGUGAAUAAAACAUCUUAAUUAAAUUUAAAACUACAAUUAAACACUUCAGAAAAAUAAAUAUUUUAUAUCAGCCAGUAAUAAUUACACCAGGACUCGCCUUCAGCCUCCACCUCUUUUCUUGUAGCUAGAGCUGUAAAUUUAUAGUAUCACACAUAUGUGCCAUUGCGUACUCAGCCCUUUGGUUUUAUAUUAUAAUAAUUGCUGGAUACAUAAACCCUCUGAAACAAAAGCACUUUUUAAUCGAACAAAAUGUGGAAAAAAACUCUUGACAAAGGUUAAGUUCGUCACAUAACAUGUCAACACUGCCAUCUAGGGGUCAUCUGUCUAAAACACGGUGGCUGUGAUCACUCCAUUUUUGCACGGAAUCAAAAAAAAACAGUGACACAACUUAACAAAAUAAGUUGAUAACCACCAUUGCAUUACCAUUUAACUCUGUCUGCAUGGGGAAUUUAUGUUUUGUUGAGCUGCAUCAUGAGCACACAGCCCAGGUAUGUUGAACCACUGUCGCAGUACAGGCCACUGGAAAGUGGACAUUGGUGUCACUGUCUUCUGUCAGUUAGCAACACACAGUCAUGACGUCACUACACUCGUGACCUCACGUGCCUGUAGCGUUUUUUUUAACUUCAAAGCUAAUGUUAUACCACGCAACAAUUCUACCUAUCAUUCUAUCUACAGUUCUAUUUAUGAGUAUCUAUUUAUAUAUCUUGCUAUAAUUAUGUAUAUGUAUUUAUCUAUCUAUCUUUAUAUAGUAUGUAUAGCCAGUAUGUAAACACAAGAUCAUAAAUCGUCACUGUGUAUUGCCAGUAAUGUCCGAUAGAUGUCGCUUUUUGGGGGAAAGAAGCUACUUUAUUGUCAUGGAAACCGUGAUCAGCAUCAUCUACGUUGUUUAUUUUUAUUCGUUCAAAUAAAAUACACUAUUUGUUGUUAAUAUUCGAUAUAUUAUGUAUGUAUUCUUCUACCUGGGGUCAUUUCAAACGUCUUUGAUAUAGUAUUUAUAUAUUCUUAUACAUAAGGUUAUUUCAACACAGUAAUAACAAUCCAAAUGCAUUAUCGAAUCUUUGUACUAAUGGGGUUGUUGUCAUUUGUAUUAUAUUUUUAUUAAUUCGUUAAUUUCAUCAAUUUACGGAGUUACCGGAUCUACGUGUUUACGUCACUUCAGUCGCCUCCUGCCCCUAUUUCGCUUCACUUAGCUAGUACAUCGAGGAUAGUUCCCUUCUCUGUUAAAAAAAAACAUUGACGAAUGAAGGUAAACCAGGAAACAAAACAUUGGACUUUUCUUACAAGCGAACACAAAAGUCGUGAUGAGGUUUUCACCUUUUUGUGAUGAAAGUUAGCCCAUGUGCGGAUGGAUACAAGGCGGCUAUGAGACGAGACUAUGCAAAAGUCUCGAGAGGCCACUGGCGGUUGAUGGUUUUGAUGAGUUCAAACGCUUCAACGUUUAACUCCUCUAAAGAAGUUUUUUUUAAUACGGCAGCAAAAGCUCCUCUACACUCACACAUCACUCAAGCUUCUCAUCGUGCAUGACUCCCAGUGACGGUGAUGAUGUUUUGACCUCAGAGCACUAGAAUGGCGUGCAGCAGGAAUUUUGAUUCCGACUACGAUGCGAUGCAGCCUUACUACUUCCUGGAUGGUGAGGAAGAUCUUCUUUUAGGACCCGGUGAGGACAUCUGGAAGAACAAUGAGCCUCUGUCUCCUAGCCAUCCAUCAUCGGCGACUGCGUUUGACCUGAUGGACCAGGACUGUCCGUCUUCUGUCCUCCUGCAGUCCUUCAUAAUCCACGAUUGCAUGUGGAGCAGUAGCUUCCCCGCCGCUGCCAAGUUGGAGAAUGCAGUGUCGCAGAUGCUGUUGUCUCUGCGAGCGCACGGUGACUCUGACUCCUCCACCACUAACAUGGCAGGCCAUUCCCAAGGCCGCAUCCCCCAGGUGAAGACGAGCCACAGCCUGGACUUCCCGAUGCCCACGCUGGUCUGCAUCAACCCCUCAGAGGUCCUUCCAUACUCGAUGCUCUGUGGGAGGAGCCGUGAUGUGAGUGAGGGGGCUGAAGUCAACAUCGGCCCGUCAGAAAGAGAACCUGUGGAGAAUGACGAGGUGGAUAGGAAGCCGCUUUCUGAUGUCAACAUCCAGCAGCACAGCUAUGCUAGCGAACAGCCACGGAUCAGCAUUGCUGAUACGCACUCGGCGCCGAGUCACAGUACAUUUCCUCGUUACUGCAGUCGCAGCAAGGACAAACAGAAGAGUCAAUACAUGAGGGAGCACCAAAGCAGGAAGGAGUUGAAGAGAAGCUUCAAGGCCCACAACCACAGAUGCUCCAAGGCACCCAUCUUGGAAAAUGCCACGGAGCUGAUCACCACAGUCCAAGCGGACAAGAAGAAACUGGUGGCCAGAAAGGAGGAGCUUAUGCCUGGGAGGCGCCUAAAGCACAGGCUGAAGUAACUCGCCUCUUGAAGCCUCACUUCCUGUUGGCUCGGCUCAUCGCCAUCAUUGCCACUGUUGUUCACUUUUAUUAUUGCGUGUAUUUAUGUCAAAAAGACUAAAAAGGUAGCAGAGGUGUCCUGAUGCACCUCAUUUUUUUCCCAUUUAUGGACCCCAUGCAGCUGCAAAGAUGUCAUAACAAUUUGAUUUUAUUCAUUGCUUUCAUAGAAGUAUAAAAAUGUAUAAAAAGUUAAUGAGGCCAACACGUACAGCAGAGCAAGGCUGAGUCAUUUGUCCAAAGUGCCUUUGUAGACACGUCUGGUUGCGUCCAGUUGAGCUGAUUUCCUGUUUAUAUUAUGACAUCACCAAUAAACCCUUACAUAACCUU